AACAUAUUAUUAGUUAGGGCAAAAAUUCAUAGCGUCUUGUUAUAAGUUGGGCCGAUCCAAAUCCAAACACGGCCUGUCUACUGCCACGUGGAUUCAUACACGUAUAAGUACCAACACGCAAUCCCUGCAAAACCCUAGACCGACUCCAUUUGCGCAGCCUCAUCAACUCCGCAGCGCAGGAAAUGGCUCCAAAACAGCAAAAUUCUGGUAUCUUUGUGGGUUUGAACAAAGGUCAUAUAACGACAAGGAAAGAGCUUGCACCCCGCCCUUCUGACAGAAAAGGGAAAACCAGUAAACGAGUACACUUUGCUAGAAGUCUCAUCAGGGAGGUUGCUGGAUUUGCUCCAUAUGAGAAGAGAAUCACUGAGCUUCUCAAAGUUGGGAAAGACAAACGUGCGCUGAAGGUGGCAAAGAGAAAGUUGGGGACCCACAAGAGGGCUAAGAAGAAGCGUGAGGAGAUGGCAUCUGCUCUCAGAAAGAUGAGGGCUGCUGGUGGUGGAGAGAAGAAGAAAUAGACUUGCUUUUGAUGGUUGAGCGACCAUUUUUGCUAUUGUAGAACAAACAAAUUAGCUUUGCGAAUUGCGAUUUAUGGCUUAUUUGCUUUAUGUCAAACUGAGGUUUUUCUUGUUGCGACUCGUUUAAAUGUUUCUUCAGUGUUUUUAUCCCUCAAUGGUAUGUGGGUUUGUGUUUGCCAUUUUUUUUUUUCUGGAAACGAUGGAUUUUAUAAAAUAAAAACACAUAAUCUAUAUCUAUAUCUAUA